AUGUUCCCUCAACGCAACAUCUUUCGUUUGGCUCAACGUUCUGCGCAACAGACUCGUUUUGCUCCUGUUCGCUCUACCGUUCAGCGCCGGUUUAACAGUACCGAAGGCAGCAGCAAGUUUCCCUGGGCUGUAGAUAACGAAUUUAAUCGCGAGCGCGAGGCUGUGCAGCAUCACGCUGCUGCUACCAGUGGUAUGUUUCCCUCUUCUGAUGCUGUCAUUCCUGCCCUCGUCCUGGGUAGCCUGACCGCCUAUAACCUCUGGGAGGAGCACUGGGAUCACUGGGACCACAUGCCCCCCCUUGAGGAGCGUACCGAGUACCCCUACCAGAACAUCCGGGUGAAGAACUAUCCCUGGGGAGACGGUGACAAGACUAUCUUCUGGAAUAGUACCGUCAACUAUCACAACAAGGACAAGGCCACCUAA